AUGAUCAGCUACCAGCAGACUCCUAGUCUUGCACAACAGAAUGGCUCUCAAGUCACUGGUGUUCCGCCACAACAAACGUACGGGUCUACCGCACCUGUCCAGCCACCACAGCAGCAACAGCAGUUCCAUCAGCAACAGCAGCAGCAACAACAGCAGCAACAACAGCCACAACAAUCACAUACUCGUUCCGGUUACCCCAGCCUCAAGCGCACCUGCUACGUGUGCGGCUUGUUUGGCCAUCAGGCGCGAUCUUGUCCCAAGUCUGGUAACCCCGUGUGCUACAACUGUGGUAAUUACGGUCAUCUGAGCAAGCAAUGUGAAGAGCCAUUGCGUGAAAAGAUUUGCUACAACUGUGGCCAGUCGGGCCAUCUGUUCCGGUCAUGCCAGAGUACUUCCAAUAAGCCUGUCACUCAGCACGCUGAGCAGCUAGUGUCGGAGAAGCGCGAGGAGAAUACCGCUUCCACAGCUACAGAACAGUCGUCUUCUUCAACUACCUCUAGCUCACAAUCAGCUCCAGCCUCGGCCUCAGCUCACCUGGCAUCUAACUCUGAAUCUGGGCCAUCUACAUCAGGCUCUGCAUCCACACUUGCUAGCGCAGUGUCAACGGCUCAGGGCUCGACCCCAGGAUCUUCAUCGGCAACUGUGGUUCCUCCACCUUCUGGACCUGAGGCCCACUCAAUUCCUAAGGGUCCUGCAGCUGGUGCUAAUGGUGCAUGCUACAAGUGCGGCAAGCCUGGCCACAUUUCGCGGUUCUGCAAGUCUCCACGCAAGGCGAUAUCCAAUGGAGCUUCUCCUUCUUCUUCCUCUUCUUCUUCUUCUCCUCCUUCGCAUAAGACUAUGUCGUGUUAUUCGUGCGGUCAGUAUGGACACUUUAGCCGGGACUGCACUAAUGGCCAAAAGUGUUACAAUUGUGGUGAGAUGGGCCAUUUGAGCAGAGACUGUAAUGAGGCUCCAGGAAAGGUGUGUUAUUCGUGCAAGCAGACUGGUCACAUUUCUUCAGAAUGUCCCAGCCAUGCAGCUCUGGCGGCUUAA